GGCUGUCUCUUUCUUUGAAUAGGAGUGGAAGUGUAACAACUGGGUAUAGGCCUGGUGCUGGCCGCAGACAGCCCCACCAUUCCCCCCAACAUUUGUGUCCAGAAGCUGUCCCUGGUCAUGGAGGUUACCUCGAGUACCACGACCUCUGACCCUGAAGAGGCCAGCGACUCCCUGACCCAGGAGACAGCAGCGGCAUCCUCCCCGACCUCACAGGCAGCUCUGGCAGUGGUCACAACAUCCAGUGAAGGUUCGGACGGCCUCAACAAUACUUUGUGCACUGAUGUGAGCUCAGGCCCUGUUGAUGCUGUUCGCUAUGGUCCCUGUCUGCCUCCCAGUUUCUAUCCAUCAGAGAAUUUUCACUACUCUAAGGAUGUGAAAGAUUCCAAGGCAGUUCACGGCUCCUGCGGCCUGCACAACCUGGGCAACACAUGCUUCAUGAACUCAGGCCUGCAGAGUCUGUUCAGCUGUGCUCCUCUGGUCAAGUUCUUCUGUGAGAGCUACACUCUGACCGAGAUAAACCGCCACUCGCUGACCGCCCAGUUCUAUAUCCUCCUUUGUAAGGUCUGGAGUGGUCAGUUCUCUGUGGUGCACCCGCGGGCCUUCAAGGAUUUCCUGGGCUUUUAUCACUCGCAAUUUGAGGACUAUCGUCAGCAUGAUUGCCAGGAGUUUUUGGCUCUUGUCUUGGACACCCUCCAUGAACAGCUCAACACAUCCGCGGCAGCCCUAGCUUUUGCCUCCUCCGCAUCCGCAGCUCCUCUUCCUCCUCCAUUCUGCAUCAUGCAGCAUCCCUCUGACCGCCCGCAGGUGGUGUCUAAUGCUAUUGCUCUACCUUGGCAUGACGCCGCACCCAUUUCCAGCUCAGCCCCAUCCUCUAGUCUACAUUUAGCUGAUGAGCAGGUGGUAGGUACGGACAGUUUGUCUGAUGGUGUUGACGGAGAGAGUCAUCAUCAUCAUCAUCAUCAUCGCGGCACUGAGUUAAAAGAUUCACCUGCUUCGUCUUCGACUGAUCGAGAAGACAUAGGGGUCAUCAGGAAAAGAGAUGCGGACUCUGAGCUUUCAGCAUCUCCCCCACCUCUGUCAAUGUCUCACUGUGUUCCCAGGGAGUUGACGGCCGACCAGAGUCCUCCACAUCAAGCGGCCAGCAGCCCCACCAGCGAGAUGUCUCUCUUGGAGGAGGCGAUGAUACCCGCCAGCCCUUCCAGCCAUGGAGGGGAGCCAGCAGCAAGCGGAAAGUCUCCGGAGCUUUGCUGCGAGGAUGAGGAGAUCACAUCCAGUUCUUUCCCGCCUCUGAAGCGCUACACGAGCCGGUCCAAUAUAGAUGAUGUUACGUCUUCGGACUCUGGUAGUGGUGUGUCGACCAAGCCUUGUCUGAAGCGUGUGUCCAGCGGGAGUUCGGUGACUGCCUCAGGGCUUCUCUUCACAUCUGAGGACAGUAAUCAUUCCUCUGUCUCAGCGCACAGCACAGAUUCUGAGCAGAGCAGCGCAUUUAAGAGACUCAAAAUUGAGGCCAAAGAGCUCAACCGCAACAGCAGCAACAACAAUGUGAAGGACUGCGUGACCUCCACUUCUGACUGCCGGAAAGGUCACAGGACUUCACGGAAGUGCGUGUCAGGUGAGGACCUCCAGGAGGGUCUGAGGGAGGCUCAGGUUACACUAAUCUCCAGCAACAACGUGUCGGCCAGCGGCUCUGGGAGAGAUCUCAAGGUCAUCGACAAUAUGGUGAACAUGUACGAGGCGGUAGAGUCGUGUGGAGAGGCUCAACCCUCCUCUCACACAGAGGCCAAAACCUCCAAUGACAAUGAUGAUCUCACGGCCUCGCCAUCGUUAGCCAUGGGCUUGCCUAAUCUGGAAGACUUUUACAGCAAGGAGACAAAAACGCUCAACACAAACGUCCUGGUGUCGGAUUUUCUGCAGGAGAUUACGUCGGAUUCUGAAAAAUUUGCCAAGGUUGAUAAUCGCAACCGGCCUCCAUCCAAAGAGGUGAACAUCUUGCAGGAAGCAGCAGAGGAGGAGGACAAAACGGAGAAAGUGUUGCUUGGUCAGAGGUUCUCGGGCGGUGUGAAGGCCACAAAUCUCUACAUCCAGCCCUCAGGGGGCUCCGGUGGGUUGGGGAAAGCCAUGAAGAUGAACACUGACCCCAACAACAUCCUCAACAACAGCUUUGGCCACCAUAAUGACCCCAGUGCGGCCGUCGUCGGGUUGGUUGUUGGCCAGGUAUCAAAGUUUGCUCUAGAUGAGCCGGAACUGAUCUCUGGAAAGGUGGAUGAGGAAAAUCUGGGGCAGCCGCUGACACUCAAACUGGCGGCAUCUUCGUCGUCGUCAUCCCCUCUCAGCGCGGCUACUGCUAAGCUUGAUGAGGAAGAGAAAAAUGUACAAAUGCAGGCAUUUGCCAAGUUCAACACAUGCUCUGUGCAGAGUAACAUCCGCACGGACCUCACAGAUAAAGUGGCAGACUCCGAUGCCAUGGAGGUGGAUGAGGUGGAGCUGGACAGCUCUGAAGAGGAGGAAGAGCUGGAGUUGGCAUCUCACAGCAGCACAGUGGAGGAGUGCUCUGGAGUGCCUAACUGUCUGCGACACUGCCCACCCCCUUCAGAGGUGGCCAUGGCCAACGCAGCCUGGGAGGACUAUCUGAGCCGUAACCGCAGCGUGGUGGUUAACACAUUCCAGGGCCAGUUUCGAAGCACGGUUGUGUGCUCUGAGUGCUGCCAUGUAUCUGUCACCUAUGAACCUUUCAUGUACCUCUCCCUCCCCAUCCCGCACGCCAUGGAACAACAGAUGUCUGUGACGUAUGUGUGUCAGCACAGCCCGCCAGUACGCUACCUCCUGAACUUGCUCAAGACAGACAAGGUGGGCACAGCCAAGACACAGCUCAAGGAGUUGGUGGGACAGUCGUCGUCAGGGGAGAUAGUCAUGGCUGAGGUCUUGGACUCUCACAUUUCCCGAAUACUGGACGACAACAUUCUGCUCAAGUAUGUGAACACGUUCAACCGUCUGAUUUACGCCUUUGAGGUGGUCUCUGUCGAGGAUGUGAGUGACCUUGAAGCGGGAUCGCCGCCAUGCCAACACAUCUUAAACAACGAGGAGAGCCCCUCCCUUCAAUACGACUGUGACCUGCCGUCCACGUGCCGGGAAGAGCUGCCAUACGUCAGCGACAGCCAGCUUUCCAAUCAGAGCUUCGACUCUGUCAAUGUUAACUCCCCCAGCUCCCGAGACACGCUGGACUAUGUGUUUUCUGACUCGGAGGCGUGUGAGCCAAGUGUCGGAGUGAACAACACAUUCUGCUCCCCGUCCUCCCUCAACACGUACAUGGAAGAAGAGGAGGAGGAGCGGCAGACACAGGAGUGCCAGUCUACGUCUGACGAGGGGGUCACCAUGACCUCUGCCUCGUCGCGUUCUCCUCCGUCCCUGGCCCCUGCUGCAGGUGCCAAUAGCAGCGGUGGUCUUCAUACCCUCCACCACCAUGGUCGCCGUCUUUCCUCAUCUCUCAAUGAGCAGCCAGGUGACUCAGAGGAAGCCACUGGAAAUUCUGAUGGGACUGUUGUCCUUAGUUCUGAUGUGUCUACGUGUGGUGACGGUGGUGUUUUGCAGCGUCUUUCGGCAGCUACUCCCGGCGUUGAUGAUAACAGUGGCAGUGGGAUCUGUUCCACUUCCUCUUUUUGGACAGACGGCUGUGAGGAUAGGGUUAAUAAACCUGCAGGGUCUAGCUCGCCGCCAACUGCUGUUUGUGGCAGCUCAAGUCCAAUGGAAGGGGACGAAGGGAUUUCUGCUGCUCUGCCUUGUGCCGGUGAUGGUCAUGGGCGAGACUCGAACCGUAGGUCCCCCGUGCUUUGCAGUAGUAACAACAAGGAGGUCUUAUCAUUUGGUGCCGUUGCGUGUUUAGAUGUGGACUCGAACGAGGUGGCUCAAGAUGGAAGCCUGAACUGUGUCACCACGACAACCACCACCACCACUCCCCCAACCUCCCACGCCGCUGCGGCAGCUCGUGUCGUAGACAAGAACACAAUGAUCUGCCCUCCCACCCCUGCCACCUUCCCCAACAACAACAUCAAUAGCAGCAGCAACAGCAGCAUUGGUACUGGUAAUAGUGGCCACCACCACCACCAUCACCACCACCACGCGGCUAUCAGCAGCACCAGCGGAGUGGGCAGCAGCUACAGCAGUGCGGGAAACAGCAGUAGCAACAGCAGCAGACAUUCCAGAUCAUGCCCGAGCCCUGAGCAGCUAUCAGCCUCCCAGUCCGCCAACUCUGUCGUGCAGGACUCGACGCUUUUGGCGGUGGCUUCACGGCUGGGAGGGGAGGAAGAGCCGGGCACGUACUUUCUCCAGCCUCCCACUCCGCCUCAUGAGAAUUACAACUUGUACCCUGAGGAUGAUGGUACAGGUGAGGGUAUGGGAGCAAACAGCCAGCUAGAAGACCACCAGCCUGAGCCCUGUAGUGUGGACACCAGCUGGUCAACUUUCCCCACUGCUCAGACACUGGACACAGAUCUACAGGCUCGCUCUUUGGGUCCAGACUCGAGUAGCUCGGUGCCAGUUGAGUGGCGGUCGUGUGCUAUCUGCCUGGAAGACUUGCUGGACACAGAGUUGUUGACUCACAUAGCUUGUAGCGGUGUCUUCUGCCACAACUGUCUGCAGAUGUCGGUGAAGCACACGGCUGAUGUGGCCACUUUCUGCUGCCCAAUCUGCCUGCAGCCAGCCAAUGUGUGUGAGGAUUUUGUUCCUCUCGCCAGUGCCUCCACCGCCAAGCCAAAGAUCAGGAUGCUUCCCGUGAGUGUUGCGUACCGACACAGCGUGCGUGACAACACGGGUGUGAGCACUCUUCAGCUGUAUGGACACCCACACAUCCUACACACGCCCAGUGUGGUCAGUGGCCGGAGCCUGUACAGUAUGGUGGACACACUCUUGUCCUGUAUGGCUGACCGCUUGGUGGGCUCGGCACUCACUACCUACACUAUCCUGCUGACAGACGGACAGGGUCUAAGCUGCUCCCGGUGCCCCUACUCCUGCCACUGUACAGGCUGUGAGGUGGCCCGGGAAGGGGAGCUCACCCUGCAGCCCUCGGACUGUCUGACAGUCCAUGCUGGUCAGAUGCUGGCGACGGAGGAGGUGAGGGAGCUGGGGGAGGUGAGGGACGACGUGAGCAUGGAGGGUAUGAGGUCGUCCCAGCCCACCACCAUCAUGGACUGUUUCGGGGCCUUCACACAGAGCGAGACUCUGGACGAGCACAACCCCUGGUACUGCCCCCAGUGUGAGCAGAACCAGUGUGCCAAGAAGACCAUGACGGUGUGGAGGUACCCGGACAACCUCAUCAUUCACCUCAAGAGAUUUGUUUACCAAGACCUGUCAAGCACAAAGGUAGACACCAAGGUGAUCUUUCCACACACAGACAUGGACGUCCGUGGGUUCCUGUCUGGACCCAGCACAUCGGGCCUGGUCUAUGACCUCUACAGCACGGUGUGUCACUUUGGCGGGGCCAGCGCGGGUCACUACACUUGCUUUGCUCGCCACCCUCUGACUGGAGAGUGGUACUACUACAACGACGAGACUGUUGCGCAACAGACACCCGCCGACAGCGAGUACAGCAGCGGUUAUCUCCUCUUUUACCAGCGGCAAGGCCAAAAUGUUGACUUCACUCCACCUCAAAAUGUUGCUCUGCUAGAGGACGAGACAAAUUUCAAUCUCUCAACCACCACCGCUACCGCUGCCAGCACAACAGCUGUAGCAGCAGCUUCAUCAUCUGCCACCUCAUCAACAUCCGUGUCGGCUUCAUCAUCAUCAUCUCAGGGCACAGCCGUUACCAUCAAUGUGAGCAGCCCCUCUCACAGCAGCAACAAUGUGUCGCGUUCUGCUGCUGCUACUUCUCCUGCCUCCACCCUCCAGCCUCCCACCUCCUCUUCCUCUCCGUCCACCCUCCUCAGCUGGUCCCAGAAAGCAGCGAGAAAGGAAGAGGAGGAGGAGGAAGAGGAUUAUGACGACGAGCGGCGCGGGAGCUCUCUGUGCGGGGAGGAGUCGUUUGUCAUCCAUUUUGGUUCGGGUUUCCCAGAACAUCCUGACCACCGCUUGAGUGAGGAGGGAGCGGGGGCUGGAGGCGAAGGGGGGCAGCUGCUCAUAGCUGAGCCAGACAGCACUUUGGACUUUUAUUCCUAAUCGAGCAGAAAUAGGUCGCUGAUCUUGUGGUGGUGAAAAGACAUGAAGUGAGGAAGGGCAGGGUAAAAAUUUACAUAUGCUUUGUUUGAAUUUUCCCCUAAAUUGUUUACAGAAGCAUUUUGUUUUGUUGUUUUCUCUGUUGUUUCCUUUUUUCCUCAGAAUUAUUUUUUUUGUGUGAACAGUCCAUGGAAGCGAGGAAAAUUUGAGUGAAAGAAGUCUUUACGUGUCAUUUAAUAUAAUUUUUAACUUGAAUUGAUGGGAAAGAGGUUUGUAAUUGUACCCAACAACAACAAUUGAUUUGUAGCUUCUUUAUGGUUAUAUCUAUCGGCGGAUAGGGGUGGGAUCAUGGCAAAACUGCAGGGUGGAUUGAUUUGAUAUUUGCAGAUAUAAUGGAGUGUCAUUUGAAUGUCUCAAUUUUGUUAUCUUUGGUAUUGUGGCUGAAACUGGACUUGGUCACCUCUGGCUCUCAGCCAACUAUAUUUUCCAUUAUGUAUUAAAUUUUGUAUUGGUUUUCUUUCGUUUUUUGUUUUUUUUAAAUUGAUUUGUUUGUUGAUAUUGAAAAUGUGUACCAACUGUAAUUUUUGUGUGGAUGUGAAUGUAUUUGUGUGUUUCUGUAUUGUUAGGAACUAAUUUGUGUGGGUUGCUUAUGUCUAAUGUUACACAUGUAUUAUUAAUCUGUGUGUUUUGAAUAUGUUUUUGUUUGUGUAUAUAUAUAUACGUGUAUUUAAUUUAUAUAAUGUGUUUGAGCGCAAGUAUUUUUUUGUGGUAAUUCUCUUACUCAAAUGUUCUGACGGGUGUGCCGACCCCGUUAGAGCAACUUGCACACAUUUUUUUUAAAAAGUAAUGUGUGGAACAUGGGUCGGGGGUGGGGUGGGGUUAUUCCUUCUGAAGCUUUUCCAUCUAUUCAUUAUUCAGCAUGUGAGUUUCUGCUGACUAGUGUAGUGCAAUGAUGUUGACGUGCUGUUGAGUUUGUCCGUUUUUCCUUUUCCUGAGUUGAGGGGAAAGAGGAAAGAGUUGUCUGUGACAGGAAUGUCCGAAUUUAUCUGUCCAGGGUGUAACUUUUGACCCGUGGUCUUUCUUGACAUUUGUGUAGCAAUGUGACAGAAAAUGAGUCGUAUGUCACAUUUUGACAAUAUAACUCUAUGGUAUCGAAUUAGUAUGUUGGUUCAGACAAGACAAAACAAAAUGUUCUUUUAAAAGAGAUUUAAACAAAGCCAUUAUAUUGUAUUUACCCGUAUUAGGAUUUUAAAUAAAAACUGCCCUAAUUGCAAAAAUAUAUAACCGGUAGAAAACAUGUCAGUGAUCCAGUCUGGGAGAACACAAGUGAAUGUAAUGUUUCCACACAGCAGUAAAGAGGUUAAAGAUCUGUUCAAGCCUCAUGCGUGGGUGAAAACGGUAUUAAUAUAUAGCUACUUUGGUUCAAGAGCUGCUGUCACUUCAUUGCCUCCGAACUAAUUUGUCCAAAGCGUACGUAAGUAAAGAGGCACUUUGGUUUUCUGGUAUCUUGAAACGGUUCAGUGUGACAUGUGACUCUUAUUAAGUAGGGUUGACUAUACAUUUGUUGAGUCUCCUGCAGAGAUUUCAUGGAAUGCUACACUUGUUCUAUAAUGUCAGAUACUGUUGAGGGCCACCACACUGCGAUGGGUGCUGUAUAAAAGAUUAACGUUGUUAUUUAUUAUUACUGUUAUUUGAGCUGGUGAAUUUGAUCGUCAUGGUCAUCGCACUAUGGCCUGUGGGGUUUUUUUUUAGAAAACUUUUUUAAAGUAAAAAAUGCGGUUCCUUAAGCCAACUUUAUGCUUUUAAGCAAGCAUUAAAAUGUUUCAGUAAUUUGAUUUUUUUUGUGCACAAACCAAAACCCGGUUGCACUGAGGAUAUGAAACAAGUGGCAAUCGUUAUAGCAGGUGAAUACCAAGAAACCAGAAACCCCCAUUCCCCAACAAAAUGACUGAGGCAAUGUGUUAUGACCGUGAUGAAAUGUUGUUAGUAGUUUGUAAUGUUUUUAUCAUGUACUGAGUCUAGUGUUUUGAUUUUAAUGGUGUGGUGGUAGGGUUAUCCUGAAAGAUAGUUGUAGUGAAAGUUAAAAUGCUGAUGAAACGAACAUGCUUUUUUCCUGAUUUUUUAAAGAGGUCAGAAGGUGGUUAGAGGGCGCCACUGGUAUGUCCUGUGUGUGUCUCGCUUUUCCCCAGCACUAAAUGACGUCUGAUAUUGUGUCAAUGUGCUUGCCUUGUACUCAAACGUAUCAUUGUGUUGGUUCAACUUUUGAUGACCAUACGUCCUCUAAUUUAUUGUCUGUAUGAAUAGUAUGAUGAUGAUGAUGAGUGUGAAAGAAUUUCAGGAGAGUGCAGAAAGCUUUGCUUUGUGAAACAGAAAGUUUUGUUUUGAAUAAUAGAAAGCUGUGGUUGGUAAAGUUGUUUAUACAGGUUAAGACUAUUUGAGGGGGGUGAGAUGCAAAACCUGCUAAGCGACCUUUUGGAAAAAAAUCGAUUUUUAUUUCCCAUAAAUGCGCAUUUUUACUGGCUAUCAGAUGCACAAAGUGUUUUCUGCCAAAACCCAACACAUCCUUCAUAAAAGCCAACACAAAAUCUUCUUUUUGCUUAAAACCUGAUACAUUCAAAAUCAUCAUUUUCCUUAACUGGAUACAUCCUUAGAUUUUCUUUAUCAGCCAAUGAAAUUUCCCGAUCCUGUCACGUGACUUCCUCUUCAAAAGGGCGUCGACGAGUGUAUACAGUAGUUUUGUUCAGCCCGAAACAACUACUUAUUUGACGGAAAUAGCUCACUUUCUUUCACCCUCUGCCAGCAGACAAAAAAAACAACGUCCUAUGACUUACUAUGAGGGCUAAGUGUUGUAGAGAGGAUUACAGUGGCUGUAAUUAGAGUAAAAGAGUGAUUUAAGGCAUCAAAGGACUUUUUGGGGGGGGAUAUAGCUGGUUUUGGCAAAUCACUACCACUUUCAUAGCUGAAAAUCUCUAUUUUAAUCAUACAUUUUUUAGUCAAGCUUCCUGUGUUGUUAGACCAGCUCCCUACCACUCACUGUUGUACUUUCUGCAAUCGGUUCGUGUUGAUAGAAGCAUUUAAAAAAGCUGAUUUUCUCAAAAGUGCUAACUAAAAUGGAAGUAGCAAGUUUUGCAUCUCAGCCCCUCAUUUGCUUGUAACAUUUGGUGUCCUAAGGGUAUUGGUAGACCUACUAAUGGGUUUUUUGUUUGUUUUUUUAAUCUCUUGAGUAGCUUUACUUUAAAUUAAUGAUAACUAUAACGAAGAACGUUAUUAACCCAUUGUCACAUAUAAAGGUGUAUAUGUAUAAACAAAAAACCGAGGUCUUUGUGUUUGUUAUUGUCUUGAGCACUGGUGUAGUACCUCAACAUGUUUUCAUACUGUCCCUGAAGGCAGGGCUGGGUGAUAUGGGCCUCUGCCUCGAAGGUUCAACUGUUUCUUUUUUAUUUUCCCUGGGCAAUGUCUUGUCUGUCUUUUGGCCUGUCUUGAUCUUCCUUAGCACUAAAAGACCAUUUAUGUGUUGGAUGUGCUUCUUUUUGCUCAGAGUCAUGACAUGAAGCAAAAUGAAACUUAUCGUGAUGGUGGAGGUUGGACUUUUGAACGCUAAAGGAGUUUUUACAAAAAUGUUCAGCCCCUGAGCCUUUCCAGAAAAAAAGAUGGGGUGUUUUACACAAUUUGCUCAAAAACCUUGGAUCGCAUUAGCAUACAGAAGUAGUCCAGGUAAAAGGCGCACAUAGUCAUGGUAACAGCUUGUCUGCUCACAAGGAAAAAAGUCUGGAUAAGAAUCACUAUUACAAGGUGCUGAAGGAUCAGGCAGGAUUGACAUACAUCUGUCACUGCUGUAUUUGUGUCACAGAGGACUAGCCUACUCUGCCGUCUUGUGAUAGAAAACCAUGUAUUUCAAAAAUGAAAUUUUACAAGAGAGGCAAAAUACUAACUUUUGUGUUUAUUUCAACUUGGCUUAAAAAAAUUUCGGUCUGAUUUAUUUUACAUCGAUAUUCAUUGGUCGGUGUAACUUUUCCCUGAUUUGCAAUAUACAAUAGGUAUACAAUAGAUAGUUAUGGAGUAAUCGAUUGAAAUUUCUUUUGUCAUAACAAUAUCAGUAUAUGUAAAUAGGUCACAAUGCAUGUUUUCAAAAGCCCAAAACUUUCUUUAUUUUAAUUAUACAGCCUUAAAACCAAGAUAGAAAGAUGUGCCAUGGAAAGGAUUUUUACCUCUUAUAAAAAUACUGCUUGGCCAAAUUACUCAUAUACGUUCUUUUUGUCUUAAGACGGUAGUACUGUAGUUCAUCCUUUUAAGACAUAUUGUGACAACUGUCUUUUUCUUCUGCUGAACUGCAAAUUUAGUUGGUUUUUGUUUGGGGAAGGGGGGUGGUUGGAGGGCUCCACUGUUGGUUUGUGGUUUUUCUAUUUUUUCUGUCUUUCUUCCUCGGUUUUUUCAAGCACUAAAUAAAUGACCUUUACUGAGUCGUUGAUGUGCUUCUCUUUACUCAGACAAGCAAUUGCAGUAUAACACGGAUAGGUUGAACACAGAAGACUCGAAAUCACACAUCCGUGUCCAGUUUUUUUUUUCUUCUUUAUAUUUGUUUCCUUGAAAGAUAUCCCUCGAACUACCAAGACCGGUCCCGAUGAUUUUGAGCUAUCCGUGUUAUACUGUAUGUCUGUUGUGCUAUGAUGACUUUAUGAAGCUUGUUUGAGGUUGGAGUGUGUAGUUUGGGUAUUACAUUUAUAAACUACUACUGCAAGUUUUUUUCAUGACAACAGUAGCUGAUUGUUGAUGGUGGGUUAUGAUGAUGUCUGAUGAUAUCCGCUAUAGGGUGAUGGUGCUUAUUUUUUUCAUUCUUCUCAUCAUAUAAGCUUUGUGAUCUGUCUUGGGGAACACAAAUUGUAGUGUUACUUUUAAAUGUUUUAGUGCAGCAGACGUGGUGUCGCAGUGACCCAAGUUCAAUUCUUGGGAGAAGUUUUUCUUAUUUUAUAAUGGAGUACUUCUGUCUGUCUGUUGGGAUGUUGUAUCCCUUUAACUUACUUUAAGUCAAAGCCCGGGUUGGCCCUGACAUGUAAAAUCUGAAGCAGCCUGCCUCUCCCAUAUGAUUUAAAUUUUGCGAAUGAGGAUACGAGUAUGAGGUUGUUUUUCAUUUACAGCUAUAAUUUCUGUUGAUUGAAUGGGGGGUGGGGGGCUGGAUGUUUCUUUCAGGUCCUUGUUCUACAAGUUUAGUGGUCUCUAUUUUGGUGAGCACAUUUUUUGGUGUUACACUCUGAUGUUUGAAGUUUUCUUGUACAGUAAGUUAAUUUGUGUCAAUGAGAUCAUAAAAACACUUUCAAUUACAAUGACAGUGAAGUCUAUCUAUGUGUCAUGAUGUCAUUUUUAUGUCACCGCGUGUCCGUCAGUGUGUGCUGUUGAUAUGGACGAAAGGAGUCAUGAUGAUGCCCUUUCUCUUCUUCUGUCACACACUCUCUCACUUUCUCUCUCUCUCUUUCUCCUCUCUCUCUGUCUUUCUCUCUUUUGCAUCACAUUUUAUUGUCUGUAUGCCAUGGCCAUUGUGAUCAGUAAAAAAGAAAAAAACUCAAAA